AUCUGUGUUGUGUAUCGUGUAUUCGCCAUUUUGUUAGCUGCCUCGUUUAUUGAAAAUUUUCGAGAAAUUAUCUCGUAUCCUAAUUUAUUUUACCCAUAUAUGUGUUAAUUUUAAAAUGUCAAAGAGGAGAAUAGAAGUUAUGGAUCCGUUUAUUAAAAAAAAGCGGGAAGAAAAGGCAGCAGCAGCAGCAAAAUCUGGAAGCAGUAGUGGUGAGACAUCGGAUGCGGUUGCCACAUUGGGAACUGCCCCCCCACCCACUGCUACCAGUACUCCUGGAAUUAACCAAUAUACAGGUUUGCCACAUUCCGUGCGUUAUCACGAGCUCCUGCGUCGUCGUCUCGGCCUCCCAGUAUGGGAAUACAAAAACGACUUUAUGAGACUCCUAAACACUCACCAGUGUGUCGUAUUAGUCGGUGAAACAGGUUCAGGAAAGACAACUCAGAUACCACAGUGGUGUGUCGAAUUUGCAGCUGUCACAGGGAUGAAAUCCCACGGAGUUGCCUGCACUCAACCAAGAAGAGUAGCGGCUAUGUCGGUAGCCCAGAGAGUCGCUGAAGAAAUGGACGUGCCGUUGGGUCAGCAAGUCGGUUACAGCAUUCGUUUUGAAGACUGCUCCGGGCCCCAAACGGUGCUCAAAUACAUGACCGAUGGUAUGUUGCUCCGUGAAGCUAUGUCUGAUCCGAUGCUGGAGCAAUACAGAGUGAUACUCCUCGAUGAGGCUCACGAGAGGACCUUAGCGACAGAUAUCCUAAUGGGUGUAUUAAAAGAAGUGAUAAAACAGAGAACAGAUUUGAAGCUGGUUAUCAUGUCAGCAACUUUAGAUGCUGGGAAGUUCCAGCAGUACUUUGAUAAUGCUCCGCUGAUGAAUGUACCGGGUAGAACUCAUCCGGUAGAAAUAUUUUACACUCCCCAACCAGAAAGAGACUAUUUAGAAGCGGCGAUACGUACUGUUAUACAGAUACAUAUAUGUGAAGAAAUAGCUGGUGAUAUUUUACUCUUCCUCACCGGUCAAGAGGAAAUCGAAGACGCCUGCAAGAGAAUUAAGCGUGAAAUAGAUAAUUUGGGACCGGAUGUCGGCGAACUGAAAUGUAUUCCGCUAUACUCGACACUGCCACCUAACCUGCAACAGAGAAUCUUCGAGCCGGCACCACCGAACCGAGCAAAUGGGGCGAUCGGUAGAAAAGUGGUUGUAUCCACGAACAUAGCGGAGACAUCCUUAACGAUAGAUGGUGUCGUGUUCGUGAUAGAUACAGGAUUCUCGAAGCAGAAGGUGUAUAAUCCAAGGAUUCGUGUGGAGUCUCUGUUGGUGUCACCGAUCAGUAAGGCGUCGGCUCAACAGCGGGCCGGUAGAGCCGGUAGGACACGUCCGGGGAAAUGUUUUAGACUGUAUACGGAGAAGGCUUAUAAGAAUGAAAUGCAAGACAACACAUACCCCGAGAUUCUGAGAUCAAACUUAGGAUCUGUAGUUUUGCAGUUGAAAAAGCUGGGAAUCGACGAUCUGGUGCACUUUGACUUCAUGGACCCUCCGGCGCCCGAGACCCUCAUGAGGGCCUUGGAGCUUCUCAACUACUUAGCUGCACUCGAUGACGAUGGCAACCUGACGGACUUAGGAGCUGUCAUGGCGGAGUUUCCCCUGGACCCACAGCUGGCCAAGAUGUUGAUAGCCAGCUGCAACCACAACUGUUCUAAUGAAAUACUAUCCAUCACUGCUAUGCUUUCUGUACCACAGUGCUUUGUACGUCCAAACGAAGCUCGUAAAGCGGCUGACGAGGCUAAGAUGAGGUUCGCUCACAUCGAUGGCGAUCAUCUCACACUUCUCAACGUGUACCACGCCUUCAAACAGAAUAUGGAAGAUCCGCACUGGUGCUACGAUAACUUCAUCAACUACAGAUCACUUAAAUCUGGUGACAAUGUGCGGCAACAACUCAGCCGGAUUAUGGACAGAUUCAACUUGAAACGUACAAGCACAGAGUUUACAAGUAAAGACUAUUACAUCAAUAUUAGGAAGGCACUCGUCAACGGUUUCUUUAUGCAGGUAGCCCACUUAGAGCGCACAGGUCAUUACCUCACGGUUAAGGACAACCAGGUGGUUCAGCUACAUCCAUCCACCUGCCUCGACCACAAGCCAGACUGGGUGAUUUAUAACGAGUUUGUCCUCACGACCAAAAACUAUAUACGGACAGUUACGGAUAUCAAACCUGAAUGGCUACUCAAGAUCGCACCCCAGUACUACGAACUGAACAAUUUCCCACAAUGCGAAGCACGGAGACAACUCGAAUUACUGCAGGCUCGUCUGGACUCAAAGGCUUAUCAAGAAGGCUUCUAAACUAGGAGUAUUUUACUUUAUAACAGAGGCCCGCUUGUGACAGAUUUAGACUUUUAUUAAAAUUUGUUUAGUAGCAAAGAAAUACGGAAUUCACUAAAGUGAAGGACGAUGGUUCUGGUGUUUUUUUGUUAUUUAUCUAGUUCUUAGAUGAACUUAGUAUUUUCUGAAUGGGAUGUGAGUGAAAAUGUGAUUGGCGGUUAUUUUUGUUUGUAGUGAAAUGAUAUAUGUUCAAUAUUAUUUUAAAAUAUGGAUUUAUUUGAAAUCAAAGUGAAAUGAUAACUUGAUAUGUAUGUAACUUUAUGAUUAUCGAAGAGUAUUGUACAGUCUCCUGGUGUGCUGUUGAUGAUUCUAGGUGGUAAUAGUAGGUUUUAAAAAGUUUGUAACAAAAUUAAUAUAAAUAUAUAUUAAUAUGAUAAGGCUGAAA